UCCGGUUAAGGAGACACGCGCUUCGUUGAAAGUUCAAAAGCAAAGCCCACGACGACUUUAGGGAUAUUUUUAUAUAUACAAGUCAGUCAAGAGGAGCAAAAGAUCGUACUAUAUACAGUCGUAAAAGUUUUUCAGACCUCAGAAUGAUGAAGUCAGAGGGGAGGAUGUCCACGCCAGCAAGGAAGAGGUUGAUGAGGGAUUUCAAGAGAUUGCAGCAAGACCCACCUCCUGGAGUGAUCGGUGCUCCGCGAGACAAUAAUAUCAUGCACUGGGACGCUGUCAUAUUUGGGCCUAAUGACACCCCAUGGGAUGGAGGUACUUUCAAACUCUCACUGCAGUUCUCUGAAGAUUAUCCUAAUAAGCCGCUAAGAGUUCGUUUUGUGUCACGGAUGUUCCAUCCAAAUAUUUUGGCAGAUGGGAGUAUUUUCUUGGACAUUCUGCAAGACCAGUGGCUCCCUAUAUAUGAUGUUGCUUCUAUACUUAUCUCCAUCCAGUCGUUGCUCUGUGACCCUAAUACGGAUUCUUAUGCAAACUCUGAAGCUGCUCGGAUGUACAGCGAAAGCAAGCGUGAGUACAACAGAAGAGUGCGUGGUGUUGUUGAGGAAAGCUGGACUUCUGACUGGUAGUUGUUUGUUGUAAUCUUUGUAACUCUCUCCUACUCUCAGAACGUCACUUUUAAGCAACAAAAAAAUGAGCAUUAGCUUUCUUAUCUUUUCAUUCGUAUCUUUUGUGUUUCCAAAAUCUUUAGUGAUUGGAUGUUUUGAUGUUCCUAUGAAACCUAACAUUCUUUAAAACAUCUUUGUACCAAACCUUCUGAAUUAUUCUAGCUUCUUUUGUAAUAUAUGUAUUACGAUUGUUUUACC